AUGCCUCACGCACUGCCGUUCACGCUACGGCGACCAGCAAUACCAGAGGCAUUCCAGAAAGUACAGCCGAUCAUCGAGUCUGAGUUCACCGACAACACUCUGCGCUUUUAUAUGAAUGGUAGGAAGAUCGAGCUUGAGAAUCCCGAUCCAGAAUGGACAUUGCUGGACUAUAUUCGAUCUCGGCCCGAUGCUAAAGGCACCAAGCUCGGAUGCGGCGAGGGCGGCUGUGGUGCUUGUACAGUGGUCUUGCAGCAACUUGAUCGCGCGGGAACGAUUAAACAUCUGGCUGUCAAUGCAUGUUUGUUUCCGUUGGUCGGUGUUGUGGGCAAGCAUCUCAUCACAGUUGAGGGUUUGGGCAACGUAGAGAGACCGCAUCCGAUUCAAGAACGACUUGCAAAGCUUCAUGGAUCACAAUGUGGAUUCUGCACUCCAGGCAUUGUUAUGAGUGUUUAUGCCAUGAUCCGAAAUGCCUACGACCCUGCGACUAAAGCUUUCACGCUUGCUUCACAUACUGACACGGCAAAUACAGGAAAUCUAUGUCGCUGUACCGGAUACAAACCAAUACUCGCAGCAGUCAAGACGUUCAUCACCUCAGACUUGGUGCAGACCAUUUGCAAAGAUGCAAAAGUGUCGUGUGGAAGGCCGGGAGGAUGCUGUCGAGACAAGAAAGAGGCUUCAGCAGAAUCUAAUCUGGACUUCAGCCCCUACCGAUCCGACGCCGAGCUCAUAUUUCCGCCGGCGCUACGAAAAUUCUCUUGCGAACCGCUAUGUUUUGGCAAUUCAGAAAAGAUGUGGCUGCGACCUACGAGUCUUGAUCAGCUUCUUCGAAUCAAGAAUCUUGACCCUUCUGCGCAGAUGGUAUGCGGUUCAAGCGAAGUGCAAGUCGACAUUCGAUUUCGAAAGUCAAAGUUUGCAAUAAUGGUCUACAUCGGCGACAUUCCAGAGCUUUUGGAGACCAAGUUGCCUCAGAGUGAUGCUGAGUGGGCUUCAAUGAGAGAACUGCAAAUUGGCGGUGGAACGCCAUUGACAGAACUGGAAAGCCUCUGCGCCAAUGCAUCGGCAAAGCUUGGACGGCGAGGACUUGUAUUGGAGGCUACUAGGAAACAGUUGCGGUAUUUCGCCGGUCGUCAGAUCCGAAACGCAGCCUCUUUGUCUGGCAAUCUGGCCACAGCAUCUCCGAUCUCAGACAUGAAUCCUGUGCUUCUUGCAUCAGGAGCCAAAGUUGUUACCCGCAGCUUAGCGAACGGUACUGUGGUGUUACCAAUUGAGACAUUCUUCCAGGGAUAUCGGAAGAUUGCUCUUUCGCGCGACGCUGUCAUUGUUCAGAUCAUCCUGCCAAUUCCACCAGCAGACUCGACGGAAGUCUUCAAAGCAUACAAGCAAGCAAAGCGCAAGGACGAUGACAUUGCUAUUGUGACAAGUGCCUUCCGAGUUAGACUCAAUCACAACGGUCGCGUGGAACAUGUUGCGUGUGCAUUCGGAGGAAUGGCUCCCAUCACUCGUUUGGCUCCCAAGACGCAGGCAUUACUGGAAGGCAGAGAGUGGAAGGAUCCAGGCACUCUCCGCGACGCUUUACUUUCGCUUCGCGAAGAGCUUGGGCUCCCGUAUGGUGUUCCCGGCGGAAUGGCCACGUAUCGGACUACACUGUCUCUAUCUUUCUUCACCCGCUUCUGGCACGAGGUUAUGCGAGAGCUGAAUCUUGGCGGAUACGACCAAGACCUGGUCGAUGAGAUCCAUCGAGGCAUAUCGCAUGGUGCCCGAGACAAUGUCAACCCAACGGCGCUGCGUGUGGUAGGUCAGCAAGUUCCUCAUCUAUCUGGCUUGAAGCACGGUACUGGUGAAGCGGAGUAUCUGGACGACAUACCGAAGCACGAUCGAGAGCUUCAUGGCGCCUUCGUGUUCUCAACAAAAGCUCAUGCGAAAAUUCUCAGUGUGGACUACUCCGCGGCAAUUGGCCCCGGACUGGCGAUCGGCUACGUUGAUCACCGUGAUGUCCCAGAAGGAGCGAAUAUCUGGGGCUCCGUAGUCAAAGAUGAAGAACUCUUCGCUACGGACGUGGUCAAAUCCCAUGGGCAGACUAUAGGACUUGUCUAUGCAGAGACCGCCAUUCAAGCUCGGAAGGCGGCGGAUCUGGUCAAAGUGGCCUACCAGGACCUACCUGCCAUCCUCACAAUUGACGAGGCGAUCGAGGCUGAGAGCUACUUUCCAUUUCCGCGUGAGCUCCGGAAAGGAGCUGCUGCUGAGGGUGGUGAAGCCAUGGAAGCUAUCUUCCAGACCUGCGAUCAUGUCUUUGAAGGCACCAUUCGGAUGGGUGGCCAAGAGCAUUUCUACCUCGAAACGCAAGCGGCCAUGGUCGUUCCCUCUGCAGAAGAUGGCAAGGUCGAGGUAUGGUCCAGUACGCAGAACACAAUGGAGAACCAGGAGUUCGUCGCGAAGGUGCUUGGUGUUUCGAGCAAUCGGGUCGACUCCCGAGUGAAGCGUAUGGGUGGUGGCUUCGGAGGCAAGGAGUCUCGCUGCGUGCCUUUGGCGUGCGCAUUGGCUCUCGCUGCGAAGAAGGAAAAGCGUCCUGUGCGGAUGAUGCUGACUCGUGAAGAAGACAUGAUCACGAGCGGACAGCGACACCCAUUCAAGGCGACCUGGAGGGUCGGUGUUAUGAAAGAUGGUACGCUUGUGGCGCUCGACAUCGAUGUUUACAAUAACGCCGGGUUCUCUACGGAGAUGAGCACUGCUGUGAUGGGCCGCACUUUGACACAUCUCGACAAUUGCUACGAGAUUCCGCACUGUCACGCUAGGGGCCAUGUCUGCAAGACCAAUACUCACAGUAACACGGCAUUCAGAGGCUUUGGCGCGCCACAGGGUAUGUUCAUGGCCGAAGCUUACAUGACGAACAUUGCCGAGCGAUUGGACAUACCGAUAGAGGAGCUUCGAGCCAAGAACCUCUACCGGCAAGAGCAUCGGACUCCUUUUCUGCAGAAGCUCGGGAUCGAUUGGCAUAUUCCGCUGCUACUGGAACAGUCUUACGGCAGGUUUGACUAUUCCACCCGGAAAAAGAACAUCGAGGCUUUCAAUCAGCAACACAAAUGGCGGAAACGUGGCAUCGCCUUAUUGCCAUGCAAAUUCGGCAUUUCAUUCGCAACAGCCUUAAAUCUGAACCAAGCCACGGCUGCGGUCAAAAUAUACGCCGAUGGAAGCAUUCUCCUACACCACGGCGGCACCGAAAUGGGCCAAGGACUCUACACCAAGAUGUGUCAGAUUGCGGCAGAAGAGUUGGACGUACCGCUCGAUUCCGUCUACACGUCCGAUACCAGCAGUUACUACACUGCCAACGUCUCUCCGACUGCAGCUUCAUCUGGGAGCGAUCUCAAUGGAAUGGCCAUCAAGGACGCAUGUGAUCAGCUCAAUGAGCGUUUGCAGCCGUAUCGAGCCAAGUACGGGAAUGACAUGGCGGCCAUCGCACAUGCCGCAUAUCUGGAUCGCGUCAAUUUGAAUGCCACCGGUUUCUGGAAGAUGCCCCGAGUGGGUUAUACAUGGAACCACGACCCAGAGACGGCUAAAGAUAUGUACUACUACUGGACGCAAGGUGUGGCCUGCUCGGAGGUUGAACUUGAUACUCUUACUGGCGAUCACACAGUGCUACGCACAGAUAUACACAUGGAUAUCGGACGCUCCAUCAAUCCAGCUAUCGACUAUGGACAGAUAGAGGGCGCAUUUGUGCAAGGUCAAGGACUGUUUACUAUCGAGGAGUCGCUUUGGACGCGCAGCGGACAGCUCUUUACCCGCGGACCUGGAACAUAUAAGAUUCCAGGCUUUGCCGACAUUCCGCAAGAAUUCAAUGUCAGCUACUUACAAGGCGUCGAGUGGGGACAUCUAAAGUCGAUCCAGAGCAGCAAAGGUGUCGGCGAGCCACCUUUAUUUCUUGGAGCAACCGUCUUAUUUGCUUUGCGGGAGGCAUUGAAGAGUGCUAGAGCGGAUCGUGGAGUGCAAGAGCCGCUGGUCCUCGACAGUCCUGCGACCGCCGAGCGACUGAGACUUGCAGUGGGUGAUGAAAUCCUGGCAAUGGGCACAGUUGAGCCUAAAUACGGCGAGAAGAGCUUCCUGGUAUCUGUAGCUUGA